UCGAAAUUUUACUCCAGCUAGCAUUCUAGAUCUAUCUACUGAACUAUUAUCGUUUCAUCUUACGACAGAAUGGAUGCAUGGUAUUUAUUGAUAUAACUUUCGAUGAUAUGAACUUAUCAUUUUUUUGUCACCAUGGAAACGAAUUGGUGAACUAUUAAAAUACUUUAUUGCAUUCUCAGAACAUAAUCGUCCGUUUGAAACGUUUCCGCCAUGGGUCGAGCAGAUGUUUUCAGCGAUGUUUUCGAGUCCCUAGUUAAGAAAGGAAGUCAAUUUGCUAUCAAUUAUGGACAGAAACAACUUGUGUCAUCAAUAUAUUCCAUUGCUACACAGACGAUUGGAACGAGAGCAUUCGAUUCUUAUAGAGGUAUUAACUAUGCGGCAAAAGAAAAAGAAGCAAGAAAUGUCAUGGAAAAAAUAAUCGAACGUUUCGAAAAAGCUGACGAAGCUUGCUCGGAAUUCUUGGCUAUCUAUUCCAAAUGGGAAAUAUCCCGUAAAGCUACAGUUGAAGAAUUGAAUGUUAUUGCUGCUUCUAUACACUCAGACAGAUUUAAAGGAAAUAUAUCUAAAAUGGUUGGCGGAUGUGUUGGAGUAAUUGGUGGUGCAGCUGUGGUUGGCGCCUUUGUAUUCCCGCCACUUCUCCCAUUGGCUAUCGGCGGUGGCGUAGCUUCAGGUCUUGGAGGCGUAACGGUUUUUGGAUCAUCCAUUGCCGAGAUCGUGGUGCUCAAAAAACGAUUGAACCAAGCAAAAAUUAUAAUUGAAGACGAUUUUGAACAAUUCCAGCCGUUGCGGAAGUUCUUCGAUCGUUCAAAUGAGUUAAUGGAAGCCUUGAAUGAAGUGAUUGGAUUCGAUCUAAUGGAUGAAAUACACGGGGAGCUCAAAUCGUUUUAUGAAGAAUACAGAAAUCGAAAAACCGAAGUCGAUAGCAACUUUAUUAAUAAAAUAAAACCUAUGAUCAACUUUUUGGUCAAUUUGUUAAUAUCUAAAACCAACUUAUUGUUCCAAUUUGGUCCUGAAUUGGCUUCUAUGGCGAUCAGUUUUGUGCUGGCCAUGUUUAUCGCGCCAAUGCACAACAUGGUGCUGUUUGACAGAAUUGUACUUAUCCAGCGACUGUCUGUUGGUGUGUUGAGCGGCCUUGAAGCAGGGUUGAGUUUAAGAACUGCUGUUGCAGGUGUGACGGCUAGAAGGGCUCUGCAAGGAGUUCCAACUGUUGCAGAGAAUAUGCCCAAGCUCUUCGCCAGGUCUUUCAAAAUCUUCGCUGGGAUUGGACUUGCCUUGGACGUGUCAAACAUAAUCUUGACCUCUAUUGAUAUGAAGAAAGGUUCUUUCAGCGAGCAUGGAAAAAAACUGAAAGAAGCUGCUGAUCGGUUACAAGAAGAAUUUGAAUAUGUGGAAAAAGUACAUGAUACUUUGAGAAUUAGAAUUUUUUGAGUUCUUAUUUCUUUGCACAACAUCCGUCCGAAACUAACUGUCCGAUUCACCUCUUUUUUCCAAGUUUAUAAAAAUACAAAAUCAAUAUUCCUAAUUAUAUUAUGUUGGAUUGAAAAAUUUCUUUAUUUUUUCCCUAUGUAAUAAAUAUAUUUUAUCAAAGACAUAUUGCCAUUGAUUUAGGCCAACAGCUCGCAUUUUUUUAAUAUUUUUAUCCCAAAAUUCCAUAAUUGUAAUUUAAGCUGCAGUGACUUCAUUGCACAAUCUAGGCUUUGGACAGAUGAUAAUACCAUGAAAGAUCAGUCAUAUAUACAGUCCAGGUGAGUGUUUAAUGCGUGUAAUCCGUCCAUAUGUCCGACCUGGUGUGACGUAUGCAUGUAUCGAGAAGCGGUUCUAAUAAAGGUAAACCUCACCGAGUUCAGAGUUACUAUGUUCCAAAGGAACCCUUGUGUAAACUCGAAACUGAACAUCCAUUUUAAUGAAUUAAACCAUAAUUGUUCGAAUUUGCAUCCAUCCAUUAUAAAUUAAGAAAUUUUAAAUAAUUAAUGCCACAAUUAUUUUUUUAUCAAUUUUUGAAAUUUAUUUAUAUUGUAAAAAUGUAUUGUUUGUAAUAAAUGUAUAAUUUAUGUAUUUAUCUAUUUUUUAUGAAUGUUUAAUGUUUGUAUUAAAAAAUGUGAUUAUUUUUAUUUGUUCCUAAAAAACACUUAAUAAUAAAAAGAUUAUAUCUUAUAAAGAUAAAAUAUAGUAUUAUGUAAAAUACGUCAUUUGUAUAAUUAAUCUGCUUGUAUCAAAUUUUUUUCUUUUGACAUAUUGGAAGUGAAAAAAAAAACCUUAUUAUUAUCGAAUUUUUAUUUUAUAACUUGAUGAAUAUUUCAUGUGAAAUAAAAUUUAUUUUGUAUAGUUUUAUGCAUUGCUAUUGUUUGUUUUGGUUUGUAGUAUAUUGACAUUUUUAGUAAAAAAAAAGGAAAAAAUAUUAUUAAUACAGUCUACAGAUUAUUUGUGGCAUUCUAGCUUAAAAUUUCAAUGAAAUGAUGUAAUCGAUUACCAUAAUAAUGGAUAUUGGGUAAUUCAAAAAUUUUUCAUCUCAGUUUAUCGGAAAUUCCAAUUUUGUUCUCUUAAUUUCUCUUCAAUUUUCUUUUUAUAUAAUUUUGAAAUAUUUCCUAUAAUUCAAGUGUAUUUGAUUUAAUUCCAUGCCAAAUGAUUCUUCAAUGAUUAAUUCGAUGAAAUGUGAUAAUACUGUAAGAGUAUAAAAUAUAGUAUUACGUAAAAUAUAUCUUUUGUAUUAUUAAUUCAGUAUUGUUAAUAUUUUUUUAACAUAUUGGAAGUGUAAAAAAACAAAAACAUUAUUGUUGUGGAAUUCUUCUUAUGACUGACUGAGUAUUUCAUAUGUAAUAAAAUUUAUUUUGUAUAGUUUUGCUUUUUUGCUAUUGUUUAUUUUGGUUUGAGGUAAAUUGAAAUUUUUAAGUUAAAAAAUAUUAGGCAGUCUGUGGGUAUUUGUGGCAUUCUAGCUUAAAAUUUCAAUGAAAUGAUGUAAUCGAUUACCUUAAUAAUGGAUAUUGGGUAAUUCAAAAAAUUUUCAUCCCAGUUUAUCGGAAAUUCCAAUUUUGUUCUCUUAAUUUCUCUUCAAUUUUCUUUUUAUAUAAUUUUGAAAUAUUUCCUAUAAUUCAAGUGUAUUUGAUUUAAUUCCAUGCCAAAUAAUUCUUCAAUGAUUAAUUCGAUGAAAUGUGAUAAUACCGUAUGAGUAUAAAAUAUA